CUCGAUACUUACGAGGAGAAGAGGGAAAAAAAUAGAACAUGACAAUUGGCAAGAGCUCAAAGAAGUCUCUCAAAUCCCCCAAAUACCUGGACCUGUCCAGCGGCUUCUACGGCCGCCUGGAAGAGGCGGAGGCGGACCAGGAGACGGAGGAGCUGGGUCGGGCGGAGGGGCGGACGGCCGGAGGGGAGAUGCAGACGCACGCGGCCACGCAGCGGGGCGGCAAGCGGGGGUCGGGAGUUUUCGACUUCAACCAGGGGAUGCUGGAGGACGACGGGACCGCCACGCUGCUGAGGAAGACCCCCGCCCGCCGGAGCAGCCGCUGGAGGAGGAAGAGCGGCUCCAGGAAGAAGCGCCUGGAGGCCGAGCCGGAGGACUGCGCUCCUGCCGAGGAGAGCGCGUCCCCAGCCAGGGCCGGCGAGACCCUGGAGGUGGUGGAUUCAGCCGCUCCACAGACCAUGGAGGUGGUGGAUUCAGCCGCUCCACAGACCAUGGAGGUGGUGGAUUCAGCCGCUCCACAGACCCUGGAGGCCGGGCACCUCCUGGUCCACUUCUCGGUCAGGGAAGAGGCGGACGACCACGUCCUGAUCUCUAAGACGGCAGAGCGGGAGACCGAGGGCCUGCGAGGAGAUGAGGAGGUGAAAGUGGCCAAGAGGGGCAAACUAAAGAACUACCGAAAGGCCCUUGACCGAGCUCUCCGCAGGGGCUGGGAGACCUUCGUCUGCAGCCUGUACAGUGUGACCCUCACGCCCAUCUCGUCGACAGAAACGUCCCCGUCUUCGUCCUCAGCGACAACAGCGCGUCAGAGCUCGGCCAUAGCCGAGUACCGAUGAAGGAGCAAAGGGACCGCAGCCCACUUAACCUGUAGAUCCUAGCAUAUAUUUAAUCAAAUAACUAAUUCUAUUUAAAGAUGAAUGUACAGCAGUUUGUUUGCAUAUGGUUCAAAGGGGGAGUUCAUUGCGAUGACGAUGAAAUUGAUGAUUCUGGGUCCAAAGUAGCAGUCCAACUCGUUCAGUGAUAUGGCUGAUUCUGAGGGCUAAUUAUAGUUAUACCUGGCAGACAGUUACACAUGCAGGUGUAAUUUGUGUCUAAUUCACACUCAGCAGUACGUGUUAGCCUGCCCUUGGUCAGUGUUAUAGCUGCCAUUAUAUAAAGCAGGCGUUAUCUAAGGUUUAGUGGAUAUUAUAAAUUCCUAUGUUACUUCAUAGUUCAAAGUUUGACUUCUAUGACUAUUCUUAGGAAGUAUGUUAUACAACCUGAGAAGUGAGCGGUUAGCGUUGAGCGUCAUUCGGUAACUCAAAUCAGCCUGGACUGCACUGGUGUGAACUGGGCCCUGUUUCUGACAUUUCAUCUGACAAUGAAAAUGACCAAUGAAAAUAAAACAUUUCUGAAUCAUAGUCUAUUAAGCCAAACUCAGCAGUGAAUAACGCCUCGUGACCACGCGUCAUCAAGACUCAUGGGCAGUGUGACCGCUGAUCAGUUUAUACAUGGGGAAGUGCGUGACUGGAACAUCACUCCGAUCCAGUAUUUUGUGCAUGUAAGGAAACAUCACAAGUGAUUGUAGGAUGCCCCGUUUGUAAUUGUGCUCUCAGACAGUGCACAGGUAUAUGUACUCAUAUUCUCUUAUCGCAUGCGAUUACGUACCAUUGUGGAAAUACAUCGGGUGACAUUCUUAUCACUUCCAUGUGACCAUAGCUGCCUGGCAUUUCAAGAGAUCAGCAAAAACACAAUGUGUAUCUCCAAGUACUGUAUAUAUGACAUUGAAGGUCCUAGUCAAGGUUUAAUGAACUAGGUAGGAUUAGGAUUACAUCAAAGAACCAAAUUUAAUUAA